AUGCAAUGGCUAACCGAGAAACCACUAACCACCGGCGUAGACCUGCACACACGAAACUUUCUCUUUCGCUCUUCGAUACCUGCAAGCGGGAGCAUCGCCGAGCUACACAGUCGCUACGGCAGGCCAGACGAGGUGGCAGUUCGCCGGGCGGAUGGAAACCCACCUGGACCUCAUGCGCCACCGCAUGCGAUCUACCCAAUGAGCCAGACCGUACCAGCAGACGAGGUCUCAGACCCAGAGGUCGUCAUAUGUGACCACGGGACAUCAUUCGUCGCAUCUGCGACAGAAUCGCCAACUCUGCAUACUCCGGCCCUUUAUCUGCCUCCAGAAGACUUUUUUGGCGAGGCCAUCACGACUGCUGCCGAUAUCUGGACCCUCGGCGCGACUCUGUACGAGGUUCUUCGCGAACGGCCCCUCUUCGAGUCGUUCGAAUGGGACAGGGACGAUAUCAUCGCCGAGAUGUUCAGCACGCUGGGUCCGCUGCCUGCAAGGUGGUGGGAUGCCUGGUGGAACAGUGGCCACUUCUCCAAGCCCAACGGAGAGCGGAUACCCGAGGCAGAGUCGAUGCGAACCAUGACACCCUACGCUCGUCCGCUUCGUCGGCGUCUCUGGGACAUGGGUCGCGGCGAGACACCCGAGAGCUGCAAGUGGGAUUUUCAAGGUGGAGAGUUUCAGGCCUUGGAGGACCUGCUUCGAGGCAUGCUUGCGUUUGAGCCGGCGGAGAGGUUGAUGGCAGAGCAGGUACACAGUUCGGAGUAUAUAAGGAAAUGGGCGCUGCCAGCAUGGGAAAGACAGGUAGGUAGAGCGAAAGCAACUGCUGGCUUAUGA